GCUUGAUGGAAUUAUUUGCAGCUCUUUGUAAAUUCGCUGCUAAAUGCUCCUAUGUGAAUAACCGGAGCGGGUUAUACACGGCAAGUUUAAUGUGACGGUGCGACCGACUCUAGCUUGGUGCCAUGACUAAGUUCCAAGUAUGCGUUUCCCAUCUGGUCUGGAUACAGUUGUUUUGAGCAGGCGAGUAAGAUGACAAGUAGUCUGUCUGCUAACCGGUUACACUGCAACAGGACGAGAUUUCUAUCUUGCCACGGUUGCUAGCUUUCUGGUUAGCUAGCAUGCAUACCACGUAAAUACGUUUGAUAACACAGUAGGAGGCCAAGUUCUGAUUAUAUCAGUCUUAAGCACUAUAUCGAGGCCGGUAAAUCACAAAUUUGGACUAUCGGAGGAAUUGGGACGUUUCUCAAAUCAGCACGUAGAAAACACAUGGGUUUGUUUUUACACUUAUAAUAGCUUAUAAGAAUGCCUAACUAGCUUCCCCACUACCACAGCAACCAAAAAUGAUCGAAUAGCGUUAUUUCCCACACUUAUUAGAGAACUGCAUUUACAUUUAGCCUACAUUCAGUCAUCGUUUGGCAGAAGACAGAAGCUCUUAUGCAGAACUAGCUUGUUCCUUUGUUACAUUUCAAUCUCGCUGGUCGACUAGGGUAAUGCAGGAAUCGUAUGAGCUGUGGGUGAUUCAGCUGGGCAAUACUGGCGACACCUUGCCUGGUUCCGUGCAGUAGUAGCCAACUGCAUAUUAUCUAGGUACCCUGUGUCGCUGACCGCAAAACGUAUUGUUACUGAAGAGUAGCUGUUUUAAACGGUAUCAGGCAAAUUGGCAGCAGACCUUGCCCUGUUGGUACAAUUGGAUUCAAGGGGCACGCACCAACGAAUAGAAGCAAUUCCAGAAAAGCGGCACCAUGACGGGGGCGGGGCUGGAUGAUGACAUGCCCCUGGGCGAGAGGAAGACGGUCACAGACUUCUGCUACCUGCUGGACAAGUCCAAGCAGCUCUUCAAUGGCCUCAGGGACCUACCUCAGUACGGGCACAAGCAGUGGCAGUCUUACUUCGGCCGAACCUUCGACAUCUACACCAAGCUGUGGAAGUUUCAGCAGCAGCACAGGCAGGUACUGGACAGUCGAUAUGGGCUGAAGAGGUGGCAGAUCGGAGAGGUUGCCUCAAAAAUUGGCCAGCUGUACUACCACUACUACCUCCGCACCUCGGAGACCAGUUACCUGAACGAGGCCUUCUCCUUCUACUCGGCCAUCCGCCAGCGCUCCUACUACUACCAGGUCAACAAGGAGGACAGGCCUGAGUUAGUGGUGAAGAAGUUGCGGUACUAUGCGCGCUACAUCGUGGUUUGUCUUCUGCUGAAUAAGAUGGACCUGGUGAAGGUGUUGGUGAAGGAGCUGUCAGAGGAGAUAGAAGAUUACACACACCGCUUUAACACAGAGGACCAGCUGGAGUGGAAUCUGGUUCUACAGGAAGUGGCCGCUUUUGUGGAGGCGGAUCCAGUCAUGGUGCUGAACGACAAUAAUGGGGUUGUGAUCACAUCCAAUCGUCUGCUGGAAGGGGGCGUGCCCCAGCUGGAGCAGGGCAUGGUGGUUGGUCAGCUCGUCCUGUCAGACGCCCUCAUCGUCGGUAACUGUAGUAACCAGGUGAAGUUCAGUGAGUUGACCAUCGAUAUGUUCAGAAUGCUGCAGGCUUUGGAACGAGAGCCUGUUACCCUGGCGACACAGAACACCAAGCCAGGCCCACUGGAACCCACAGAGAAGCCGGCUAAGAGGGAGAACCCCCACAAGUACCUGCUUUACAAGCCCACCUUCAGCCAGCUCUACGCCUUCCUGUCAGCCUCCUUCAAGGAGCUCCCGGCGAAUAGCGUGCUGCUGGUCUACCUCUCGGCCACCGGAGUCUUCCCCACCGGAUGCACGGAAUACGAAGGGCCCUAUGACUGUGGAGGUGUCCUGACGAACAGUAACCGUGAUGUAGUGAAUGGGGAGGUGGUACAGAAGAAGAACCAGGCGCCCAAAGAGAUGCACUGUCUCCAUCCUGGGGACCUAUGUCCCUUCACUAGGAAACCGCUCUUCAUCAUCGUCGACUCCUCUAACAGCUCAGCCUACAAGAAUUUCACGAAUCUCUUUGGACAACCGAUGGUGUGCUUGCUGUCGCCCACAGUGUAUCCAAAGAGCAUGCAAGACCAAUCACAGCGCGGCAGCCUCUUCACGCUCUUCCUGUACAGCCCCCUGGUGGCCUUCCUGUACGUCUGCGGGCUGACCAGCCUGCGCCACGGCACGUGGGAGAAGGCCCAGGAGCUCCUGCAGAAGGUCUACCACGACAUCGGAGAACUGAUGACCCGCUCGCCUGCCAUAGACCAGGCCUUUCUACAGUUUUAUGGUGAUGAGUUCCUGCGGUUGCUGUUGCUUCGCUUCAUCUUCUGCUCUGCUGUUCUGAGGCUCCACAAGCUGUUCCGGGAUUCCCGGAGCUUUCCGGAAUCGUUUCCUCCGCUGCCCCCGCAGGACACCGUGGAGAACAGCAUCCUGCAGCGCGGCGUUCUGGAGCUGGCGGCCAUGUUGGACGUGCAGAGCCUUUUCUACGACAGCGUGCUGGACAGCUACUGACCCCCGACCGGCUACUGAUCCCCGACCGGCUACUGACCCCCGGCCCACUACUGACCCCCGACCGGCUACUGACCCCCGACCGGCUACUGACCCCCGGCCCACUACUGACCCCCACCAGCCCCACCCACUCUACCUGGCCACGCCCAACGCCCCCAACCUGCAUACUGACAGCGUUCUCUGGAGCAGGGACUUAGGAGAUUUGGAUUGAACUUUCCUCAGCUCCGGCAGAGAAGCAGUCUCUCCUUUUUUAAUUUGCUGAAGCCCUUUUAUAGCAAUUUUCUUUCUUUUUUUGUAAGUUUGAACUUCCAAAAAAGACAUUGCAUUAUGAGCGCAUACAGGGCGACGCACAGACACACACACAGGCACACACUUUCAGUUUGCACACACACAGACACACACACACACACACACACGUCUGUUAUCUGCUCAGGAUGGACAUGGACCAAUCGAGCCCUUUUCCAGAGCACACAAUGAACAGCGUUCUUCAGAGGCAACACUGCCUGCUAAGUUUCCAAAAUCCUUCUUCUGACAUUGGAAUGAGCACGAUUCAAGGCGUCCUCGUUGCCGAGCUCAAGGGCCGUGGGACUUGUAGUCUUUCCAACCACCCAGGCUCAUGUUUACAAGAGCUUUCUGCAUGCUAGUGUCUGUGAAAAACAUGGACAGAUGUAGCUGUAGCUGUAGCCUGCUUUCUAUAUUCAUAUGCUAAAACGUUGUGCCACCUAUGUUCUGGGAUAGUAUUAUACCUUUAUGUGCUUGUUUUUUUAAUGCAGUUCACGGAGGUAUUGCCCCUGUGUGAGUAUGCUCUAUAGUUUAUGGCAGGGUGACAGUCUCAAAGGUAAAUGCUGGCAGGGCUCAUGUGACUUGGGUCAUGGGUGCUGUCACGCUGUGAAAUGCCAGGCUUCCCAUUCUCCUGUUCAGCUGGACAGUUCUGAGAGCCAAAAUGGCGGUGUACCUGAUUCCACCUGAUGAGUCUCACCUGCUACUUGUGUGUCUCGGCGCCCAGAACAUCUCUAUGGGUGGCCAUUGACCUGAAGGUCCUGCCUUCCUGUUGAGCAUACAGAACAUUGGUUUGUGAGCUCCUGUGAAGUCCAAUGUCAGUGCAUCUGUCUGUCCUGUGUGGUGCAACAGGUCUUAAAAACCUCACUUCCCUCAUUUUGUAUUUAAAUGGUUUUUUACAUUUGGCAAACGUCUCAAAAGAAAAUAUACAUAUAAAUUAAGUAAUUUAAAAAUGAAGAAAAAGCACAAACAAAAGGAUGAGAAGUGAGAAGCUGCUGUAGUGAGAGAGAGAGAGUGUGUGUGUGUUUAUGUGUGUAUAUGUGUGUGUGUGUGUGUUUAUGUGUAUGUGUAUGUGUGUGUGUGUGUAUGUUUGUAUGUGUGUGUAUAUGUGUGUGUAUAUGUGUGUGUCUGUGUGUGUGUAUAUGUGUGUGUGUGUGUGUUUAUGUGUAUGUGUGUGUAAAUGUGUGUGUCUGUGUGUGUGUAUAUGUGUGUGUGUGUGUGUGUGUGUGUGUGUGUGGCAAGUGGCAUGCGUCUGAGGGAAAAUCGGGGCAGCUUAAAAAUAACAUUCCAAAAUGAGGUCCGAUGUGCUAGUUAUCGGCUCAUUUCUCUUUCUCGUUCGGAUAGUAAAACUGGACCACUUUAAGAAAAGACUGCUCUAUUCCUUAUUUCUUUUUUUCUUUUUUUUACAUGGAAUAAUUAUCAUGAUGAUGUUGACAGUAGUAAUAAUAUUAAUGAUAGCACUUUACUAUGUUGAGUUUUUACAUUAUUUUUUUGGUUGGGUGUUUAACCACAAUUUAACCGUUGUCUUCUGGUCUUGAGCAGCAGGCAAUGAUAAUCUGAUACAGUCUGUUUGAUAUGGGCCCAUGCCAGAACCCCCUCCUCUCCUCAGAGGUAUUUGGACCUAAACGGCUGAAUAAUUUUGGAUCCAGGAAGUAAAACAUUUCAUAAUUUAUUUUUAUUUUAUUUUAUUUUGUGAAUUCCUGGAUUGCUGUGGAAGUAUUUUGCAGCACUGCCCUGAAAAGCACCCUUAUUGUAUUAUAUUAUCAUUUUUAAUUUAAUUUUGAUUGUAGUUUUCCCCUUCCUGUUUGCCUUUGGUGUAAUUACCAGGGUGUGUGACAAGGAGGCACUUACAGCACAGAUCUCAAUGUGAAAGACAACGAAAAGCACAGGAGUGUUAACACACGCGUUUACCCAACAGCACACCGUAGUUACACAACCAGAGGCGUGAUCAUAGAAGACUGUCACUUACUACACUUACAAUGCACAAUAAAAAUACACUUUAUACUGUAAAGGCAUAGGAACUGAUGAUCAUAGUGCACUUACACUGUGCCUAUUCAAACAGCAAGAAUACACAACAUAUCACAACAUGAUAGCAACUGUAGCAUAGCUGAGAGAAGUGUCAGUACUUCCAACUAUUAAUUACACACCUUAUAGAAAUGGACUAUACUGUAAUAUAUUGGGAAAAAUAUAUAUCAGAUAAGAUAACAAUGAAAUGGUCAUCCUUAAUAUUUGGCCAAUUAUAAAAAAGAUUUCUGAUUCCAGAUAUUGCAAUAUAUUUUCAAAUACAUUGCUGUUAAAUGUAUUUUUUAUAUUUUCACUGAUUUGCAAUAUUACAGUUUAUUCCAUUUUAAUAAGGGAAUGGUGAACUGCUGUGAGAUAUUUCUGGUUACAAUGUUUUGUUGUUUUGUAGAUGUAGUUUGUAUGGCCAAAUGGAAAGUGUUACUUGGCUAAUGCAGGUGUUUUUCUUAAAGGUUCCUACUGUUGUGGGAGAGAAUGUGCAGGGGAAACAGUCAGAAUACUCUUUCUUUAUAAGUUAAGGGGUUCUAGAGAUUCUAGUUUAAACAAACUCAACUUGGUGAGCUGUCUUGUGUUUUUACCACCCAAUUACUGUGUUUGGUCCCAUUUGUUGCCAAAUUAUAUUUGAUGUUAUAGUUGUUCUUAACUGGUGAGCGGGGAAAGGGUAAAAAAAAAAAGAUGUGAAGAUACCAAGAUGUACGUGUCUUUUUUCAGAAAAUGUUUAACUGAAUGCUGUGUAAAAAAAAAAAGUAAUAAAAGAUUGACUGUUUUGUUUACUUUUCAUAGAA